CCUGAUUAAAAAACACAUUCAUGUAAAAGUAUUGUUUACCUUUUGAAGUGAAGGCAGCCAUUAGAUAAGAAUAAGAUUAAAGUGUGUACAAGGUUCAGAUAUUAAUGCAAAUAUGGAAAUAAAAGUAUAUUUUAGUGUAUAUUAAAUGUCAUUUGGGAUAGUUGGGAAGAAGUUUUUGGUGCCGGAAGGCAUUAUUACUCUGCAAACUUGUGGCAUUGAUAAACCAUGUGGCAGCUCAUAUUAACUGUAGCUCUAUGUUUUUUUGUUUUGUUAUUUUUUCACCACAAAUCCCAGUGCAGCAGUCUCAAUCCUGUGUGUGUGUGUGUGUGUGUGUGUGUGUGUGUGUGUGUGUGUGUGUGUGUGUGUGUGGCUAAUUUGUUAGUGUACCCAUUAAUCUCUUUAGAUUACUUGCUGUGUGCAGGGUAUUGACUUGUAGCUUCCUCUCCUUCCUACAUCCCUCCUCAUGCAAUCUCUGCACCUCUCUUACUCUCACUUUCUGUCCUCUCUCUCUCUCUCUCUCACCUUCUUUUACCCCCUCCCUCCCUUUCCAACACUGGUAAAAAUAUCUGCAGACAGCAGGAGCACAGAAAAGGGUGCCUCUCUCUCUCUCUCUCUCUCUCUCUCUCUCUCUCUCUCUCUCUCUUUCUCUCUCUCAGACAUCCCACCCAUGUGAUCUCGCAGGCAGGCUGUGCUCAGUCUCCAGCCCUCAGCUGGCUGCACCUAAUGAGUCUUUGUGUGGCUGGAACGAAUAAGAGAGAGAGAAGCAGAGAGGGAGAGAGAAGCAGGGAGAGGGAAGAGGAGAGUUCUUUACUGGAAAGAACAGUAAAGACUUGGCUGCUGCUGAAUGCACAGGUUUCUCUCUCUCUCUGUCUCUCUCUCUCUCUCACACACACACACACACACUCUUCCUUUUACAUCUCUCUCUAUCUUCCUACUGCCACUCUUCUCUCUUGCUUCCUGACAUCUCCCCUUCUCUCUCUCUCUCUCUCUCUCUCUCUCUCUGUCUCUCUCUCUCUCUCUCUCUCUCUCUCUCUUGCACACACAUACAGACACACACACAUGCUGCCCAGUACAGGGAGAGUAAAAUGGGAGGCCUUCAUUCAUCACGACUCAUCCAGGCUUGAAUCGGUUCAUUCACUCUGAGUGUGAGUGGAGGGAGUAGCGGGUGAAGCACAUCAGUGGUGGACGCAGGUGUGGCUCAGAAGCAGUCAUGAGUGGAAUACUGAAGAGGAAGUUUGAGGAGGUGGAGGGAGCGUCACCGUGCUCCUCACUGAGGGAGUCAGAAGAGGAGGAGAUAUCGAGCAGUGAGAGUGGAGACAGCAGUGACAGCGUCAACCCCUCUGCCUCUCACUUCACACCCUCCUCCAUUCUGAAGCGAGAGAAGCGAAUGAGAACUCAGAGGGUGCAUUUUGAGAAGGUGACGGUGUACUAUUUCAGCCGGCGGCAAGGCUUCACCAGCGUUCCCAGUCAGGGAGGCAGCACCUUGGGCAUGUCGAGUCGACACAGCUCUGUACGGCAGUACACACUUGGCGAGUUUGCCAAGGAACAGGAGCGCAUACACAGGGACAUGCUGAGAGACCACUUGAAAGAGGAAAAACUCAACUCCAUCAAACUCAGGCUGACUAAAAAUGGUUCUGUUGAGUCAGAAGAGGCCAAUGCUCUCACGGUGGACGAUAUCUCGGAGGAUGACCUGGACCUGGACAACACAGAGGUGGACGAAUACUUCUUCCUUCAGCCGCUGACCACCAAGAAGCGUCGGGCCCUGCUUCGCUCAUCUGGUGUCAAGAAAAUCGACGUGGAAGAGAAGCAUGAGCUGAGGGCCAUCCGAGUGUCACGUGAGGACUGUGGCUGUGAUUGUAGACUCUUCUGUGACCCAGAGACUUGCACCUGCAGCCUGGCAGGCAUCAAGUGCCAGGUGGACCGCAUGUCAUUCCCGUGUGGCUGCACUAAAGAGGGCUGCAGUAAUGCAGCCGGCCGGAUUGAGUUCAACCCCAUCCGUGUUCGCACGCACUUCCUGCACACUAUCAUGAAACUAGAGCUGGAGAAGAGCAGGGAGCAGCAGCAGAGCUCAGCCCCUGGUCCUGCCUCUGUCCCUGCCCCCAAUAGCAAUGGUUACCACAGUGACACCAAUGGCCACUGUAGCCCACUGACAUCAGGCCAACAUGCUUUAGAAUAUCCUGUCCCUGAUUCUGUCCAGCAGAGCGCCAUCAUGCAUCUGCAAGCUGUGGAUGAUAUGGAUGAGGCCUUGGAAGAGGAAGAGGAUGAAGAGGAAGAUGAUGAUGAGGAGGAAGAAGAAGAAGACGAGGAUGAAAAUGAAGAUGAUGAAGACGAAAGCAGCAGUUUGUGUAGCCUGUCAGACUCGAGUACACAGAGCCUGGCGAACAGUGACUCAGAGGAGGAGGAAGACGACGAUGUCGACGAAGACGAAGACAAAGCAGAGGAGUUUGAGGAUGGCCUGACCAUCGCUCCUUUGUCACACAAUGAGGUGGUUUCUCCAUCCUCUGUGAUGUGCUACUCGGAGAACACGGUCACACAGGAGAACCAAAGCAAUGGCAAUGCUUAUUUUAUCAACUCCUCAGCUGAAUACUAUCAAAUGGAGAAUGCCAGCUCAGCAUCACUUUUAGCAGCUGCUAACCAAGCUAGCGAGAGCUAUGGAGGAGAUUCAACAUAUCAAGAAAGGGUGAACAACACUAAUGGAGUGUUGGCGCCAGGAGUCUUUAACAUGACCACUGAGCAUUACACUGACUAUUCACAGCCACCUGAGGAACAAUACACCAAUCAUCAUUUCACUCUCACUAAUGGAUCCUCAGCCACUAUUGGCUGCUGUGAACCAGAACAGGACAAAAGCAUGCAAUCGAAAGGGACCUACCACAGCCAAUCUGGAGAGCUGAGUCAGAUGGAGUACCAAAACUAUCUGAACAAUAACACAGAAGAGGGAUACACGACUAAUGGAAACUGUUUUGUGGUAGAGCAGCCAAAAGAGGUAUCUCACAGCCUUUCUGAGGUUACCUCUUUAGCAGACACCACCAAAGGACCCCCAAUACUGGAGCCUUUCCCUGAGCCCACCCCUGUUUAGAUACACGCAUUACAUAUAUGAGGAGGAGACACAAAUGGUAAGCUAUCAAGUGUUUGAUUCAAAUACCACACAGACUCAAAUAAUGGUCUUUGUUUCUACACUUGACAUAGUUUAGUUUGAAGACGUUGACAUGUACGAUAUUCAUAAUCAUGUAUUUUUCAAUGAGCCAGAAAAAAAAAAUCCAUAAUUCUAAGUGCAAACUGAGAUCAUAUAAACUGUAAGCUUUAGGCCUGUGCAAUGUUAUCUGGUAUUUCAAAAGUCAAAGUUCUAGUUUUGAGCAGAUAUUGUGGACUUGAACUUUUCUAUGUCUAUGUGUCAGUGGUGCAAAAAAGAAAAUGUUGCUGUUCAUUAAUAUAUUAAAGAAAAUGUGUAUACUUAAUCAUUUUGAUAAAAGCGCAUGUUCUUUUGUAGCUUUUGUUGGCAAUCUAUGGUUUUUGUAUUGAUUGCAUUGAU